AUGCACCCAACUGCAACAUGUCUUGCGCCCGGCUUCAUGAAGCGGAGUGUGGAAGAGUUCAAGCGACUCUCGCUCUAUGCCCUUAAGUUUGAGGGCAUCAGAUCACCGACGAAGCCUCUCCCACUGCUUAUGAUCAAUUCCCCCGGAGACUUGGAGCAAUGCAAGCGAAUGAGCGACAAGGAUAUCGGAGGCUUUUCAACCUCAAACUUCGACUACCAUGCGGCCACACCAAAGGAACCCUCGCACUUCCGAUGGCACGGCAAGAUAUCCACACAGCUUCCACAAAAUCAACCACACAUUCAGAGAACAGGCUAUGCGGGCUGGAGAACACAUGAUCGGGGCUCUUCCAUAUUUGGCAAAUUGCUCUGGGAUGUGAGUACGUACAGCCACCUCGCAAUCCAGUUCAAGUCGGAUGGACGAAAAUACUUUGUCAAUGUACAGACGGAAUCUAUUGUGCCUACCGAUAUCCACCAACAUUUACUACACUCAAAGACACCCGGGGAAUGGGAAACAAUCUUGAUCAAGUGGGGCGAGUUUGUGCGGACAAAUCAUGGGCAGGUUGUUGAACCACAGCGGGAAAUGCUGACACAAAAGGUGCGCACAGUUGGGAUAUCACUGAUAGAUCGAAUACAGGGACCAUAUGAUUUGAGCAUUAGCAAAAUCUGGGCGACAAACGUGACGAGCGAGGAUGACAUUCUAGAAAACGUUUCGGGAACUGUUAGUGGUCUACCGAGGUGGCAUCAGAAGCAGGGGGAUUAUAUGAAGAACGUCGUCAGGAAAGAUUCUGGGAUCUCAACGACGGAGCGGACGAAGAUUGAGUAG